CAAACUUUAAACAACACGCUACGACGCAGUGUGGAAAUUUCAUUCCGAAUUAAUCAGCAGUUGUUUAUUCGAACUCUUCUAAGAGUCUUCGAGAUGUUUUUCUGUAUUUUGAUCGCGGUUACAAUUUUUGUGGCCAAAGAAUCAAUGGCGAUUUCAACUGAAAGAUGCCAGAUGGUAAUCUCAGGAACUUGUAUGCAACAUUGCCUCAACCAGUCAUGUGACUGUGGCGUAACAGACAGUAACCAUGGCUACAAUGAAUGUUACCAAGCCUCCGCGGGUUAUGAGUGCAGAGAAAUCAAGUGUUCAACUGAGACAUGCUAUCAGAAGUGUCACAAUUGCCACAUGGAGUGUACAAGCGAUGUCAGUUUCUGUAAACAGCGGUGUUUGUCAGGAGCAUGCUCAUUUACGUGUAACGCUCAACAUUGUGAACAGGAAUGUGUUGGAGAGAACUGUCAGAAUACCACCUUUGACAACUGUCAACUGAUCUUGCCGCUAAAUUACUUGGUGCUAUUGGCGGGAAUUUUGUUCGUGAUAAGUAUGUUAGCGUGUGUGCUGCUUGUCAUGUCUUUUAAAAAGAAGGACUGCAUCCCUGAUCGCUUCCCAAAGCCACCACCCUACUCAAAGAUUUAGACUAAGGAAUUUGAUCAACGUAUUUCCUUAAUUACGUUAAGGCUGCUUGCCAACUGGUUUAUGUUCACGGAGGAAACGUAUCAACUACCUCCAAGGUAUAUUUGACAAAUUAUUGUGCUGUAGGUAGCAUAAUUUAAACAAAAGAAAAACAAAAUGAGGACUAAACGCUCUGUUCAAAGUACAAUAUGUACAGAAGAAAAACAAAAUAGGCUGCUUACCAUCUUUAAAGCAAAAUAUAGACACACGAUAAGUAAACUGAAGACUCCACAGCUUGCUUGUACUGAGUCGUGAACAAGUUGUCAAAACUAGAUAAUCAGUAGUACUUGUCUUAUUUAUUAUAAUUAUAGCGACCCACAUUUAAUGAAGUUGCGGAUAAUAAAGAUAAGCAAUCAUUCA